GUUGCUUCAGGCUGGUCGAUUUUCUAGAAGGGAUCCAGAAGAACUUUGAUGAGGCAGCCAAGGUAUUGAAGUUCAAUUGUGAAGACUACCAGCACAGUGACAGCUGCUACAAACUUGGCGCAUAUUAUGCAACAGGGAAAGGAGGAUUAACCCAAAACUUGAAAAAUGCCUAUGACUGUUUUUUAAAGGCUUGUGAGAAACCUGGGAAGAAGUCGAUAAAUGCUUGUCACAAUGUGGGGCUGCUGAUCCAAGAUGGGCGCAUCAGUGACAAAGAGCCUGACUUGGCCCGAGCCCGAGACUACUAUACAAAGGCUUGUGAUGGCAGUUAUGCCCCUAGCUGCUUCAAUCUUAGUGCCAUGUACCUCCAGGGAUCCCCAAGUGUCCCCAGGGACAUGGGACUGGCUUUGAAAUACUCUCUGAAAGCCUGUGACUUGGGUCACAUCUGGGCCUGUGCCAAUGCCAGCCGAAUGUAUAAACUGGGAGAUGGUGUCAGUAAGGAUGAUACUAAGGCUGAAGCCCUCAAGAACAGGGCCCAACAGUUACACAAAGAGCAGCAGAAAAGUGUCCAUCCUGUGACAUUUGGGGUGUGAGGUGAUCAGCCUAUCUUCUUCCCCUUGGAUAGAAACAGACUCUUUCACUGGGAGACACCUUUGGAGAUGACAUGUGGGGGCAGGAAAAACCUGCACUCUGUUGGCUGCUGGUGUUAUUUGUACCAGGUGCUGUAAUCUGUGUUGCCUGCAAGAUAUUUAUUCUCUUUUAAUUUCUAAAUCAGUAUGUAUACCCUGUGGACUGGGCUUUAAUCAGCUCCCUUAAAGUGGAGGGAUGGAGAGCCAUGGAGAGGUGGGAGUCAGGGAAAGUCGUAACCAGAGGGACCCAGUGAAUCAUGGAGGCAUCUCACAAAGUGCUGCUGGGGCAUGUGUUUAUUUAUACAUGAGUGUUUUGUUUGUCUGUCUGUGGUUUCAUUUGGGGAAAAUUUUCUUUAAGGGAACUUGAAAAUCAUAAGGGCCUCACUGUUAACUGAUGAGUGAGCCUUCUUUGUGCCCGUCCAUCUUUUGAUAUCAAUCACUACAGUUGUAAUUGUCUCCACCUCCUAGAUUGAUUUUUGUAGAAAUUAUCAAUGAUGUUCUGAAGUCAUAUGCAGCCUAAAGAUUUACAUAUCAGUGUCACGCAGGUUUGAGAAGAAAGACAAAAGAUGUCCUGGCCUUCGUCUUCCUGGAGAGGUCACGUUGGCUGACAUUAAGUGAAGCAUGUUCCAGAUUGCCCAUUUGCCUUAAAUGUCCACACCCUGGAUUAUUGGGUGUGUAAGAAAUCUAUGAAAACUUCUAAAGCAAAAGAUGUUUGUGAGCCUUUGAAAUUGCCUUGUGAAUUGAUGAAUUUAAGUUAUUAUUGAUUUAUUGUUUAAUUAGGUUGUGCAUGGAAAGUUAAGGAGAGCGGCAUUUUCAAAAACUACUUUUUUAAAAGUUUCCUCUGUUUUUCUAGUAAACCUUUGGUUUAGCACUAGGGGGCAGUGGAACACAGUGGUUCUGGAAAAUUUUCUUCCCGUCUGCUUUGCAAUUGCCAUACAAGGAGGAGAGCUCUCUGGUUGUCUGGCAGUUCAUGUGGCUUAUUGGAAUAUCUGCAGAUUAUCAUUUGGUAGGUUCUGUUCUAGGAGCAGAGAGAAGCUUAAGUCUGUACAUUAAAAACAAGGAAAUGCAUUUUAAAAGUUUUUGUGUUGUGAAAGUUAAUUCAGAAGGCAAAU